AUGUCCUCGUCUGGAAAAGACACCAGCGGCGCCCAGCACGCCAACUAUGUGGGACCUUACCGCCUGGAGAAGACGCUGGGGAAAGGACAGACAGUGCGUCAGAGGGGGUGUAGCAGAGCUCCGUCCUCAUGUCUGCUCUCCUUCUCUCCUCCACAGUUGCUCCAGCAGGCCACGUCUGCCGGGACCGCCCAGAACAGCUUCAGCGGCCUCCAGCGACUAGGAGCAGCCGGUGGGUUGGCCGGGACCGGAGCGGGCGCGGCCAUGAACACCCUGGCCUCCCUGGGCACCCUGCAGGGCCUGACCGGCACCUCCAUGGGCCUCAACAGCCUGAACGCCCUCACCAACAGUGUCACUGGUAUGGGUGCCAUGAACAGAGGUCUUAAUGCAGGUAUGGGCGCCCUGAACGGGGGGCUGGCGGCCUCCAUGGCCAACGGCACGGCCUCCAUGGACGCGCUGACGCAGGCGUACUCGGGCAUGCAGCAGUACACGGCCUCCGCCCUGCCCUCGCUCUACAGCCAGAGCCUGCUGCAGCAGAGCGUGGCCGGCAGCCAGAAGGAAGGACCGGAGGGGGCCAACCUGUUCAUCUACCACCUGCCCCAGGAGUUCGGGGACCAGGACAUCCUGCAGAUGUUCAUGCCUUUUGGGAACGUGGUCUCUGCCAAAGUCUUCAUCGACAAACAGACCAACCUGAGCAAGUGCUUCGGCUUCGUCAGCUACGACAACCCUGUGUCCGCGCAGGCCGCCAUCCAGGCCAUGAACGGCUUCCAGAUCGGCAUGAAGAGGCUGAAGGUUCAACUGAAGCGCUCCAAGAACGACAGCAAGCCCUACUGAUCCCCCCCCCUCCCCCUUUACCAACCCCCCCGCCCCUGCUUCCCCGUUAGCACUGCUAGGAACAACUCUCCAUGCCUGUUUGCCCAUCAUUAGCCUAGCAUGCCUCCAUGGUGUUGAACAGCCAAACCCUGGCCUCAUCAUCCCACCAUUGUCUGUGGUGUCUCUCUCUUAAAGCCCGCCGACCAGUACCUGGCCACCCACUGACCCCCUGACCCUAUAGCUCAGUCUGAUUUCUGCAUGUAUAUUGCAUUUCUUUUUGUUUUUUCUUAAAAAUGUGACGGGUGGUAGGGUGAUGAAGAAAAUCAAUGUGAAAACGUACCUACUCUCAAUUCAUUUAAGAGAUUUCUUUUUUGUAAAUGUUUAAAAGCCUGUGGGAUUUCGUUAUUUUUUUCUUUUUCUUUUUUGUUUUAAGAAAUUAGCUUGGUUUUGAUGUUGCUUUCAGUUUACCUCUCAGUAAAGUUAACUUGAAAGUUGAAUACAGGGACUGGCACGAAGCUGUGCCAUUUGGUGCCAUUAGCAAUAUGUUGGCUUCUAAAACGAAUGACCACUUUCCAACCCUUUGGAAGGUCAGACAGGGGCCCUCAGUGCUCUUUGAUGGUUUCUAAAUUUUGCGGGCAGUGUAAAGAUUUCCACUAAGGCUGUUAAGAUAAAAUGUAAUUUUUAUUUUUUUUUGCUUUACAUUUAUUAAAAGAAAAUCCAGUGCAUUUGCUUUCUCCUCUUUCAGAGCUAUCGAUGGCACAAUAAAAAGGUCCAUUUGCUCUGGCGGGAGAAAUGGCGACCUACACAUGAGUCAACUUUUUUAGAACUGAUUCACAAAUAGACAAUCUGUGGUUUAAAUGCACACUUAGAUUACCUAUAUUUUAUACCAUUGAAUCUAGAGAAGUUUAACUAACAGGAACCCAGACCAACGCGGGUUUCUGUCAUCCGUGACCGCGUUCUUCAGUUCAUGAAGUUUUUAAAGAGGACGAAAUUAGUUUGCUCGAAUCCAAACAGCCUUCUGAGUGUCGUUUCUUAGUAGAGCAACGCUCGAGUUUGGGUGACAAAAGAAUCCUCUGCAUUCAUUUUCUAUUUCGCCCUCUUAGGGGGGGGGGGAAAUAACUUAUACUUGGUAUGGAAGGGUCCCAACUCAAACAUGUCGUUUUUUUUUCCCAUUCAUUAAAAAAAGGUCACAUUUUGUGUAAAAUUUCUGUGGUACGUCUUGACAAGUUUCGGUGAAUAUCCUUGUUCAUUUCAUUUUUAAUUGAUGUUACCUUUUUUGAUUUAGUGUGGAUGUUUCACAUUUAAAGAUGAUUUAAUAUGGAAUAACAGAUGCCAGACAUAUUUUACAAGUGCCCAUGUAUCAUUGUUUUUUCUUUCUUCGUAAUUUCUCGUGAUGGUACCCAAAUUUAACUCUCACCGUAACACGACACGUUCACACACACAUUGCUGGAUAGACGCAGUACGCUUUAUAACGCACCACCACCCAUGGGAGCCCCUGAACCACGCCUCAGACACGAGGUCCCCCCCGCGGCCCUCUGCACAUUUUUAUAUAAACACGCCCGACGUUGUCCGUUCUAAAGUGGCACGCUCUUUACGUUAAUUCAGUUUGGUUUUCCCGGCAGCAGCAGCACCCAGAGUCAAAGAAUCGCACCACGGUCACCGGAACACUUUGGUUCACGAAUGCAUUCCAUUUUAACACAAGGUUUACAAAGUAAAAGUCUUUAUUAGGGUAGACGUGUCGGGCUGACCCUGGUAAUUACAGCUGCACCACAAUCGCCCACGAAGGGUUUCCAAAUACCGCGAGCACCCCGGCCGCCGCGGCACUAGGAGAAAACAAUUGUCGACUCAGGGUUUUUCUGUGUGUACCGAUGUCACACCGAUGGGAUUAAAAUACUAAAUGCACAAUUGUAAUCAUCUGACACGUUCUUCUGUUCUAUCGUUUUUUCUUUUCUUAGUUAUUUAAAAAUGAUCCAAGAUGGUACCAACAUUUUUAAUGUUUUUUCGUUCGGAGCAUCGCCAGAGUUAAGCACAAACAUGGGAGAAUCUUCCAUUUCACUGUCGUAUGGGCGGUGUGUCCCAGUUAAAAAAAAUACAACGGUACCACGGAUUUCACUUUUGAAUAUGGGUUUGUGCUUUUUGCAGCGUGGUUUUCUAUCCAAAUGCAAUACAAUACUCAAAGUGCCAUAUGUGUCUAAAAACUGCCUACACAUUCUAUUAGGCCUUGGUUGGAGAGUUCGCAGUUUGACUUCUGAAGUCUGUUUAUGCCAGUGUUAUGAAGACUUGGUCCCAAGCUUGUGUUUUUGAGUUAUUGAUAAAUGUGUAUUGUGAUGUACUACCCUUUUUUUUUUAAUGAUUUUUGGUCAAAACUUAUGUACAUUCACAAUAAACUACCCUAAACGUCUAACUGUCAAACCUUGUUGUGGGUGUAAAGAAAAGACAAAAAAACAUUGUGCUGUUAACACUUCACCAAGCGGCCACUGAACCAAAGCCGCCCUCGUUGAGACGUAAAGAGGGUUUGGUUGGGUGGUCUGCGCUGGUGAAGUGCUGCCAGUACUGAUACAUGAACACAGUGUAUUUACCACAUCGUAAAGGUCAAAGGUCGAGACUCUUCAGGGGCUUCCAUUGCAAACUGUCAUCUCUGGACCCUUCCACCCACGUUGUGUUCCUGUCUUCAUUCAAAGUGCUUUUCUUUCUAUAGUAGUACAGUAGGUUUGCAUCUAUCGAUAUUGUCUGGUCCAAGGAAGUAAAAAAACAAAACUAAAAAAACUAGCUUGCCCUGUUUAAUUUCUUUUGUUCUGAUAUAGUCGUUAGGAUUCUCAUGGUUCACCAACAAGUUUCAUAGGUGUUGUCUUGAUAAAAGCCAAAAAGUGGGUGCAUCUUGAUGUGAUCUGUACACAUAAACUUUGUUUUAUCAACUUUUUUUCAAAUGGCUCGAUUAAAGAAAAAAGAAAAAAACAAACACAAAAAAGAAAAAAACACGACAAAAUGACAAAUAGGAUUUCCAAUUUCUAAUACUGGUUGUUCAUAUGUAUUUUGUACCAGUGAAGCUUUUUAUAUUGGAAAUUAAAGGAAAAAAAACUAUCUUGGAAAAAAAUGUGUCUGGCCUCUGACUGUGGCCCUGAGACCUGGCCUGGGGGUCGCCAUGGUGAUCAAGAUAUUAAUACACUAUUCAUUUCUCAUGUUGGGGGUGGGGGGUAGGAUGCUCUUAAUCGUGGUAAGUUUCAUGUUAGUAUCGUGCUGUCCCACAUGAUUUAGCAUUCAGCAGCAGGAUUUAGUAAACUUGUGUUUAGUAAACUAAUUGUCUUAGUUUGAUUAGCAGGUAAACUAUCUGUUUAAGUUUGGGCUUUUGCUUUUGAACCUGUCGUUUCUGUUCCUUCCCAUAUCGGAGUGUGUAGAAAGACUCAAAUGUUUUUUUGGUCAGUGUUAGUUCAUGUGUGGUGUGUUUCUUUCUGCCUCUGUCUCAAAUUAAACCAUUUCCCCUAAUA